CCUUGAGUCCACCUCACUUCUGCAGGGUCCCACUUCCCCUCAUUGCACGAUGAUGUCGACGCUGCGACGGUCAGACUCAUGGCUCGGCUAGAAUGUCAAUAUGCCCGGUCAUUAUUCAGCAUUGAGGCAUCGAGGGGGUGGAAUGAGGGAAAUAAAAGGGUUCAUUUCCCCCCGCGCUCCUGGCGGGAUUCUCCCGUCACCGGGUGCUAUCAAUCCAUUGGUGUUGCACCAUGAAGUUCUUGUCCGCUUGUGGUGUGGCCUUGCUGGCUGCGCAGGCAUCCGGAGCAGCCAUCAAGCAUCGCCUCGAUGGCUUUACCCUGACCGAGCAUCCAGACCCGGCCAAGCGGGAGCUGUUGCAGAAAUACGUCACUUGGGAUGAUAAAUCUCUCUUUAUCAAUGGCGAGAGAAUUAUGAUCUUUAGCGGCGAAUUCCACCCAUUCCGACUACCUGUGACAUCGCUCCAGCUUGACGUUUUCCAGAAGGUCAAAGCUCUAGGAUUCAACUGCGUCUCGUUCUAUGUCGAUUGGGCCCUCGUCGAAGGAAAACCGGGAGAGUACCGGGCUGACGGCAUCUUCGACUUGGAACCGUUCUUCGAAGCAGCUUCGGAAGCAGGUAUCUAUCUGUUGGCCCGCCCAGGCCCCUAUAUUAAUGCGGAAAGUUCCGGUGGUGGAUUCCCGGGCUGGCUGCAGAGGGUCAAUGGCACUCUUCGCACAAGUGCCAAGGCGUACUUGGAUGCUACUGAUAACUAUGCUGCCCAUAUUGGUGCAACAAUUGCCAAGUAUCAGAUCACCAAUGGCGGUCCAAUCAUCCUGUAUCAGCCUGAGAAUGAGUACACUGGUGCCUGCUGCGGUGUUGAGUUCCCCGACCCAGCGUAUAUGCAAUACGUGGAAGACCAGGCUCGUAAUGCCGGUGUUGUGAUUCCAUUGAUCAACAACGAUGCCUCGGCUUCGGGACAUAAUGCUCCUGGGACGGGGGAAGGCGCGGUAAAUAUAUAUGGCCAUGAUAGUUACCCGCUUGGGUUCGACUGCGCAAAUCCCACGGUAUGGCCCGAAGGCGACUUGCCCACGAACUUCCGCACCCUUCAUCUUGAACAGAGCCCGACGACACCGUACUCCAUAGUUGAGUUUCAAGGUGGCUCAUACGACCCAUGGGGAGGUCCUGGAUUUGCUAAAUGCGCCGAACUUCUAAACAACGAGUUUGAAAGGGUGUUUUACAAGAACAACUUCGGCUUCCAAAUCGCCAUCAUGAAUCUCUACAUGAUCUUCGGUGGCACCAACUGGGGUAACCUUGGUUAUCCUAAUGGAUACACCUCCUACGACUACGGUUCGGCUCUGACGGAAUCCCGCAACAUCACCCGUGCGAAAUACAGCGAACUGAAGCUCAUUGGCAAUUUCGCCAAAGUGUCUCCAGCUUACUUGACAGCUAGCCCUGGUAGUCUGACCACAUCGGGGUAUGCCGAUACUACGGACCUGUCCGUGACCCCGCUGCUUGGAAAUGGCACUGGUUCGUUCUUCGUGAUUCGGCAUUCGGACUACAGUAGCGAAGCCUCCACCUCUUACAAACUCAGUCUCCCCACCAGUGCUGGUAAUCUGACAAUUCCUCAGCUUGGUGGUACACUGACCCUCAAUGGACGCGAUUCGAAGAUACAUGUGGCCGACUACAACGUUUCGGGAACCAACAUUAUCUACUCCACGGCUGAGGUUUUUACCUGGAAGAAGUUUGCUGACGGCAAGGUUCUCGUCCUCUACGGCGGUGCUGGUGAGCACCACGAAUUUGCCAUCUCGACUAGAUCGAAUGUCACACUCGUCGAAGGAUCCUACUCGGGAUUCUCUUCCAAGCAGACCGCCACCUCGGUGGUGGUAGGCUGGGAUGUGUCGACCACUCGUCGCAUCGUCAAGGUUGGCGACUUGAAGGUACUUCUCAUUGACAGAGAUUCUGCUUACAAUUACUGGGUGCCCCAACUUGCUACAGACGGCACUUCGCCUGGCUUCAGCACGCCGGAAACGGUCGCCUCGUCCAUCAUUGUCAACGCCGGCUACCUCGUCCGGACUGCUUACCUGAAGGGUACUAGUCUUUACCUCACCGCAGACUUCAACGCCACCACUUCGGUCGAGGUCAUUGGCGCGCCAACUACGGCUAAGGAUCUGUAUAUCAAUGGAGAUAAGACGGCACAUACCGUUGACAGCAAUGGCAUCUGGUCAACCAAGGUCGAGUAUAAUGCCCCUGAGAUCUCACUUCCCAGCCUGAAGGACUUGGAUUGGAAGUACUUGGACACACUCCCUGAGAUUCAGUCUUCGUACGACGAUUCUCUCUGGCCCGCUGCGGACCUCGCCGAGACUAAGAAUACCCUCCGUCCGCUGGAUACUCCUACCUCUCUGUACUCGUCCGACUAUGGAUUCCACACCGGUUACCUGCUCUACCGCGGACACUUUGUGGCCACGGGCAACGAGAGUACCUUUUUCGUUGACCCGCAAGGCGGGUCGGCAUUCGGAAGCUCUGUCUGGCUGAAUGGGACAUAUCUCGGAUCGUGGACCGGUCUUUAUGAGAACUCCGACUACAAUGCCACCUUCACGCUGCCUGAACUUCAAGCUGGCAAAACCUACGUGAUCACCGUUCUCAUUGACAACAUGGGCCUCGAGGAGAACUGGACUGUCGGCGAAGAUCUGAUGAAGACCCCUCGUGGAAUCUUGAACUACAAGCUUGCCGGACGGCCGCUCAGUGCAAUCAGCUGGAGGUUAACCGGCAACCUUGGUGGGGAAGACUAUGAGGACAAGGUGCGAGGCCCUCUGAAUGAGGGGGGUCUCUACGCCGAACGCCAAGGUUUCCACCAGCCCGAGCCUCCUAGCCAGGACUGGAAGUCGUCUAGUCCUCUGGACGGUCUCUCCGAGGCAGGUGUAGGCUUCUACAGCGCCAAGUUCGACCUUGACCUGCCGAAGGGAUGGGAUGUGCCGCUAUUUAUCAACCUGGGCAACAGCACUACGCCGUCACCGUACCGCGUGCAGGUGUAUGUCAACGGAUACCAGUACGCCAAGUACGUGAGCAACAUCGGACCUCAGACCAGCUUCCCCGUCCCCGAGGGUAUCUUGAAUUACCGUGGAACGAACUGGCUGGCGGUGACCCUGUGGACUCUCGAUUCAGCGGGAGGCAAAUUGGAGAGCUUCGAGCUGAGCUACACGACUCCGGUGCUGACCGCCUUGGGAGAGGUGAAGUCGGUCGACCAGCCCGAGUGGAAGGUUCGAAAGGGGGCAUACUAGUUAUUCCUUGGCUAGUUUCAAUGCAUAGUUAACCUCCUUUCAUUAUUAUUCUUCAAGCAAAGAAUCUCAACAAGUCGUCUCGAUGGUGUAGUUGGUUAUCACGUGGGUCUCAUACUCCAGUAUGACGUGGGAGAACAACUUCCAUGCGAUCCCAAGGCCGGGAGUUCGAACCUCCCUCGGGACAUUUUUUGCCUCUUCAGGUCUCUCCCUUGAGAUUGCAUGUAUCUAUCCAGAUACCCGAGGGAAUUUUUGAGCUGGAGAAUGAAACUUUUUAUUUAGUAUAU